AUGGCGCCCACUUAUGCCGGGAUGAGCGGCAGGCCGCUGUCGCUGACAGUGUCGACCAUCGCCACGAUGGGCUUCCUGUUGUUCGGUUACGAUCAGGGUGUCAUGUCGGGUAUUAUCUCUGCCUCCGCCUUCAACGACAUCUUCACGGCCACCAAGAACGACGACACAAUGCAGGCUACGGUAACGGCCGUCUACGAAUUGGGAUGUUUGUUCGGUGCUAUCUGGGCUCUGUUCAUGGGUGACCGUAUGGGCCGUCGGUGGAUGAUUAUUACCGGCGCCAGUAUCAUGAUCGUCGGUGUCCUUAUCCAGGUGACUGCUUUCAUCGGUCACGUCCCCCUCGCCCAGUUCAUCGUCGGUCGUGUUGUUACUGGUGUCGGCAACGGCAUGAAUACUUCUACUAUUCCUACCUAUCAGGCCGAGUGCGCCCGCACCAGCAACCGUGGUCUCCUCAUCUGUAUCGAGGGUGGUAUCAUUGCAAUCGGUACUGCGAUCGCCUACUGGAUCGACUUUGGUGCCUCGUACGGCCCUGAUGCCCUCGUGUGGCGUUUCCCUAUCGCUUUCCAGAUCGUGUUCGGUCUCAUGAUCAUUGUCGGCAUGUGGUUCUUGCCCGACUCUCCCCGUUACCUGAUCUCCAAGGGCAAGAUCCACGAGGGUGAGUACGUUCUGGCAGCCCUUGCUGGUACGGAGAUCGACACCCACGAGACCCAGAUGCAGAAGCAGCUCGUUAUCGAGUCCAUUGAGGCUGCUGGCGUUGCUGAGGGUGCUGGCUACUCAGAUCUGCUCACUGGCGGCAAGACUCAGCACUUGCGCCGUAUGCUUAUCGGCUCUUCGUCCCAGAUUGCCCAGCAGCUGUCUGGUUGCAACGCUGUCAUCUACUACCUGCCCGUCCUGCUCGAGCAGUCCCUGGGUCAAACCCGGUUUAUGGCAAUGAUUAUCGGCGGUGUCAACAUGAUCGUCUACGCUAUCUUCGCCACAUUCUCCUGGUUCUUCAUCGAGAAGAUUGGUCGCCGCAAGCUGUUCCUGGGCGGUAUGACCGGCCAGAUGGUGUCUAUGAUCAUCGUCUUCGGCUGCCUGAUCCCCAACUCUCCCGAGCCCGCCAAAGGUGCCGUGUUCGGUCUGUUCCUGUACAUGGCCUUCUUCGGUGCUUCCAUCUUGCCUCUGCCCUGGUUGUACCCCGCCGAGAUGUCGCCUAUCCGUACUCGUGCCAAGGCCAACGCUGUCUCGACCUGCUCCAACUGGUUGUUCAACUUCACCGUUGUUAUGAUCACACCCGUCAUGGUCGCCCACAUCGGUUGGGGAACCUAUCUCUUCUUCGCCGUGAUGAACGCCAUUUUCAUUCCCCCGAUGUACUUCUUCUACCCCGAGACCGCCGGUCGCUCGCUCGAGGAGAUCGAUCUUAUCUUCGCCAAGGGCUAUGUCGAAAACAUGAGCUACGUAAAGGCCUCCCGCGAGCUGCCCAGCCUCACCGACGAUGAGAUUGAGCAGUAUGCCAUCCAAUACGGCUUCCAGGCAGCCGGUCCCGGCGACAUCGAGAAGGGCACCCCUUCCCCUUCCUCGUCUGACGAGCAGCGCGACGAGAACUACAACACGCAGACCUUCUCCAGCUCCAACCAGGAAUAG